GCAAGAAUGUCGCAAUUACGCAGCGCAUGAAAUCCCGAGGCGUACUAAUAUGUGAGUUGUGAGGUCAAUCACAGCCUCUCCGAACCGUCAUGAAUCUCCGAUCUUUCAUUGCAAGCUAUUGGAGCACGUCAAACUAUAACACCUACCUUUAAUCUUUGCGCAUUUGCAAAAUGGCACAGGUGCCAGAACCCUCGCCCCCGCACGAGCCUGAUGCGGCUACUCAGGCCCUCGCACGAUAUGCUGAAUCUGUCCAAGACUUCUUAAGAUAUCAGCAUAUCUAUGCUGGAGGAGCACAGUCGAAUAAAACGGUGUCAAUUCUGCAAGCUGAAAUCAAGGAGAAGGAUGAAAAGAUCAAACAAUUGGAUACAGCCAUCUCUGUUUGGACUGUUGGAGGUAACAAAGAAGUGUCUCGGAUGAAAGUAGAGAAUGCGGAGAUCAGAGCGGAAAUGUCUGGUCUGAAGAAUCAACUCCAACAGGAAAGCAAAGACAAAGGUCAAUUUGAAGCGCAGUUGAAGCAUGCUAGCCACCUCUUAGGUGAGCAGGAAAAACAAUCUACUAAGUUACGCAGGGAAAUAGAGACAUUGAAGGCUGAAAACGAUGUAUUAAAAACAAGACUGCAGGAAGGCAAGGCUGCAAGAGAUCAACUGAAUAGUCAGCUAGAUUUGACUCGAGGGGAACUUGACACUUUUACAGGCUAUAAGGCAAAUCUCGUGAAUCUGGACUUGACCAAAUUCUGCGAAGGUUUAACGAAAAUAUGGGAGCGUACAAACGGUUUAGUGAAGAAGUACUUCUCACUUGAUAUCUCAACUGAGUCACUCGAAGAACACGAUAAUUGGACCCAGCAAGCAUGCCGUUUUCUGCGUCCUCCUUCCGGAUCUAUACUGAUACCGCCGACAAACAGUCCUGCAGCUAAGCAUGCACGAAAGAUUGUGAUGUUGACUGUUUUUGCGCGUGUGUUUGUGCAGUAUAUAUUCACGGCAACGGCAUUACGAUUCUCUCAAGCUGGCCUGGAUUUGGUCUUGUCGGAACUAUCGCACCAAGAUGAUGAAAAAGAGCAACUGUGCAGAGCGUUGCUUUUUUCGGUACCAAGUGGAAGCCUGCCCGAUGAGAAGGAUAUACAGCAAGUUGUGAAAUGGAUUAUGGAUUCUUUCGGAACAAUUAUACCUCCAACAAGUCGUACGGAGCUGAAAUCGAGCAUUAGAGGUUUGAUGGAAGAUGCUACCAAAUACUGGUCUGAAUCACGACGAAGUCGUCAAAAGCUUAUCUCCACGAUGGAAUACGAACCAUAUCCGGAGUCAUGGAGGACUUACCCUAUCCCAAGGAAUGAUCGCCAGAAGCACACCAAGUACGUCGAAGCUUCGGAUCCUGAGGAUGAAGAUGAAAUAACUUUCGUUGCGUUUCCGGCGAUUAUGUCAAUGAGCGGUGACGGACCAAAAACAGUUUAUCACGGUUGGAUCGAAUUUGGUAGCGCUACGGUUACCCGAUAA